ACUACCCUUUGUGACACAUAUAUAACCCCAACGACUCCCCAAGUAAGUACCACUAUACCCACAAUCCAAUCAAACAAGCAAGCAAGCAAGCAAGCAGCAUCUCCUUGAAAGCCCCCAGUCCAGUCCACGCGAAAUACCAAAUCCAACUCUACACUAUUCACUCACAAUGACCGACAAAACCACCUCCGCAGCCGACCAGCUCGGCGCGCAGAAGAACACAAACGCCAUCCCACAAGGGAACCCGUCUGUCAUCUCCUCCGCCGGCGCCAUCGGCAAGCAGUUCAACCCCGAGGGUUCCAUCGGACAGAUUGGCCAGAAGGUCGGCGGCCCCUUCAGCAAGGAUGGCUUGGUUGGAAGCCAGUUCGACGCGAGCAAAGACGGCAUUGCGGGACAUGUUGAGAGGGCUGUUGAUGGGCCGCGGAAUCCGAGUGGAAGUGCGCAGAAGUAGGGCUGGCUGUGGCAUCACGAUUGCUACGAGAUAAACGAGAAACUGUAUGAUAGGAAGUUAAAUAAUUGCUGAUGCAUAAUAAUAUAGCAUUGCCUUCGAAUAGGUCGCUGAA